CAGAGACCUUCAGAGAAACUGCCUGUUCUGGCUCAUACAGGCUGUAACAUAUAAAAGCUGUUAGCAGCUCCUGUGGCCAGAAGCUUCAAAACCAGCAGAAUUCUGUUCUUUGGGGGUUUGUAAUAAGAGACACCCUUCACAGAGGUUCAUAUCAUCAUAUAGGAGAGUGCUAUAUAUACUGGGAGAACAAUAGACUGUAUUGGUUUUUUUUUUUUCUUUUCUUGGUAAUAUCCAGAGAUCUGUUUUCUACUGCCCUGACUUAAAGCAGAGUACCUCUGUGGCCUAUCUUCCUCCUUUGGCCCCAAAAUGACAGUAAUCACUGCAAUCAGUUGUGCUUUCUUAUUUUCCAUUCUCUGUGAAACAAGUGCAUUAGCGUUACCCAACUCCACUGACCUACUCCUGUCAGAUAAUAAUUUCACUGACAUUGAGACAGCUUUGGCAGCUCAUCUGGACUCUGCAAAAAUUCCCAAAGCCAGGCGGAAGCGCUACAUUUCACAGAAUGACAUGAUUGCCAUUCUUGAUUAUCAUAAUCAAGUCAGAGGCAAAGUUUUCCCACCUGCUUCCAACAUGGAAUAUAUGGUUUGGGAUGAAACUCUUGCCAAAUCUGCAGAGGCUUGGGCUGCUACAUGCAUUUGGGACCAUGGACCUUCCUACUUACUGAGAUUCUUGGGCCAGAACUUGUCUGUAAGAACUGGAAGGUAUCGAUCUAUUCUCCAGUUGGUAAAGCCAUGGUAUGAUGAGGUGAAGGAUUAUGCUUUCCCUUAUCCUCAGGAUUGCAACCCCAGGUGCCCCAUGCGAUGUUAUGGACCCAUGUGCACCCAUUACACACAGAUGGUUUGGGCCACUUCCAAUCGCAUAGGCUGCGCAAUCCACACAUGCCACAAUAUGAACGUCUGGGGAUCUGUUUGGCGACGAGCUGUUUACUUGGUAUGCAACUAUGCCCCAAAGGGGAAUUGGAUUGGAGAAGCACCAUAUAAAGUAGGAGUCCCAUGUUCUGCUUGUCCUCCAAGCUAUGGAGGUUCUUGUACCAACAAUCUUUGUUUCCCAGGAGUAACAUCAAACUACUUAUACUGGUUUAAAUAAGUUAAGUUUUACAUUAUUUUUGAAAGAAAAUGAAUGAGUAACAAGAAGCUUGUAUGUUGAAUUUUGCACAUAUUAUAUAUAGAGAGAUAUUGUAAUAAUACUCUGAUGUUUUCUUUUUGUAUGCUUUUGUAUAAUUAGCUUUCAAAGUAUAGUAUAAUUUGGUUUUAACACUUUGGGAUUUAAGACUAGCAUUAACCCUCUUACAUUUUAUUAAUGGAGAGCGAACUAAUUUUCACCUUAGCAAGUGUAGAUUCCUGAAGAUUAGGUUAUGUUAAAAGCACAUUAAAAGAUAGAAUGUUACUUCCUUUUAAAAACAGUAGCUCCAGAAAGAGAAGGGUCAUUGUUUAAUACUGUGCUUUAAAAAUGGAGUGUGACGUGCAAAGCAACUCACGCUCCCAGUGGUUUCUCCCUUUUACACUCAUGCUUUCAACUGCAAUGUCAAUGGGACUCAGCAGAGGAAAACACGUGCAAGAGCAACUGCAGGAUAUUACCUACCUCAUGCACAACAUCAACCCAUUUAGAACAGGAGUGUCAAACUCAUUUUCACCGGAGGCCACAUCAGCCUUGCAGUUGCCUUCAAGCAAGACUGCAUAAAUGUAGGAGUAGUUACAGCCCUAAAAUUACAUUCAGCCCUUUGAAGGCAACUGCGAGGCUGAUGUGGCCCCAGUGGAAAUGAGUUUGACACCCCUGCUUUAUGGCAUUCCAGGAGUUCAGCACACGGCUGCUGCUAUCAUCAAUGAUGCCUGUGUGUAGACAGGAAAAGUAGAGCGAAUGAGGAGCCACACUGGCCAAGAUGAAGUGGCUAUUAACUCAAACACCUAAAGUCUUAACUAGAUAGAAAGCUACGUCGUUAUACUGGUAUAAUAACACAGCCUAACUCUACCUUCCUGUGUUUCUGAGCACAGUCAUAGUGGUAUAAUGGUACUUUGCAGCAGUAUAUUUAUUCUUGUACAGGAAAUUUAAAGAUUAUAUUGCUACAAAUCAUGAUAUAUUGAUAAAUGACAUUUGUACUGUCGUUUACACUAUUAGUUUGCUUACCUGACUGAAACUCAGCCAGGUAAAACUUUCAAGGAGAGAUCAGACGCAAAAGUAGAUAAGAAGAUUUCUGAAUUAAAGACAUCAGACAACUUUAAAACCUCAUACAGAUAUGUGACAAAAAUUCCAAAUUUCUAAAGCAACUAGCGGUGUCCUUUAAAAUAUAUUGCGCUGCUUCCUUAAAAUAUCUGUAUGAAUUAAUAAAAACUAAAUUGGUUUAUUCAUACCUUUUCUGCCAAAAACUGAACACCUCAUGGGGGCUCACUAGAAUAUUUAUGAAGAGGACCUACACUUUAAGCUUGAAUAUUAUACAGGUAGUUUUCUUGAAAAACAGAUUAUAAAAAGGAGAAAAUCAAAUGUCUGCCAUAACUACUAUGUCAUUGAAAUAGCCUUGAGUUUGGCUUUAUAUUGCGGGGCAGAAUGUCCUCCACUUUAAAUAUAUGUGUUUAGCCUGAUUGCACUACUACAUUUAGAAAUUUAUGAACUUUGAAAAGCAAUACUGAUAAUUUCAGUAGCAAGCAGAUAAUUUCACUAGUGCUACAUAUGUAUAUGUCUUUAAUUCACAAAUUCAGUCCAUAUGAGGAUGUUUGAGACAGUCUGCCACCAGAAUAACAAGUAUUAUAUUGAUGAUAUAAAAAGAAAGAUCAGAGUUUGAAUUCUUUACAUCAGUUUUUCUUUUUCUCCAGCAAGAUAGCUGUGUGGGGGAAUGGGCUCUACAGCAUGUGAAACAUAACAGCCUCUCUCCAUCUAGCCAUAAUCUGAUGCCUCAGAGAAUGUCAGCAACUGAUCUAUGGCUCUUCAGACAUUUCUGAUUUAGCGACACUUCUGUAUCUGACAGGACAAUGACUAGACAAGUAUAUUGUCUUAAAAUGUGUCUAUGUUUUAAAAGAACAACACUUGUAAUAUUCUACUAAUUUUUAUCCUAACAGUUAUAAUGUAAAUGGUUUUCUGUUUGGUUUCAAAGGAGCUUGGACUUGGACGGUGCUCAAUCAGUCAAGCACUUUGGCUGAGUAAAAUCCAGUCCCAUUUUGGGAGUGAAACGCGACCUCUUUGUGUCAUCUGUGCACACAUUGAAAGAAUUCAGUGAGAUAAAACUACUCAGUGGGUCACUAGCCCUCAGCCAGCCCAAUUUUUCACAAAGAUGCAUGGGACAAAUACUAUUUUGUUCUGCUUAAGAAAUCUUCUCUAGAGGUAAAGAGAGCACAGUUAAAACAGUACAUCUAGUGUGUUGGUGGUUUUUUUAUUGUUUUGUUUUGUUUUGUUUUAAUUACAAGACAGGAAGCAGAGCAUAAGCAAAAGUUCAGGUUAAGCUGUGGAGCUUACAACAGUAAUCUAACAAUAAAUGACUAUGCACUUUGGAACUUGCAACUUGUAUGUUGUAUGGUACACUCUCCAAACAGGACUAGACAUUGUAAAUUAAUUUAUAAUUCUGUAAUUCAGCUGAAAAUAUUUGAACGGGUAUAUUUGUUAUCGUAUCUGUUACUUUUUAAGUUGCUACAAAUAUCUUGAUUUUGUGGAAUAUAGAAAUGUUUCUGUGGAUAUAGAAAACUUUGUUUUUAACAUUCAGAUAUGCAGGUUUUUUCACAAUAUCCAACAAUGGUGCUAGGGAUUAACUAUUGUAAUCACACUGUAACUGACAGCAGCAAAAAAUGAUCUGAGCAUAAACUAUUUCAUACAAGCAGCUCCUGAUAAAACCAGCCACAAGCACUUAAGUAUUAGCUGAAUGUUUUUCGUUGAACAGAGAGGAUUACAACUAAUCAGAUAAUUGAUUGCCACACAAAAUUUGCCCUUCCACUUCAUUUAAUAAGUGGUUUAUUGAAGGCCUCUGUGUAUUACCUAUUUGAAUCACCCCAAUUUCUAUAUUCUUUUUUUUCUCUUGGGUUGGGUUAUGACAAUGCCAAUAAAGCUCUGCUUUGCUUGCCAGUGUCAGUACUGCCUGACUGAUUAACUGACACCAAGUGCUGAUAGAACAAAAGUACUGAAGUGUGCAAAAGACUUCAGAUGUCUUCAGCAGUAUAUCCACUCUGACACUUGCUGAAGUAAUUUCUUGGUGAGUUCAAGGUUAUGCUGGGGGAAACUACACCCAGCUGCUGUUCUGCAAGAUUUAUACCAAUUCCUUCUGAGCAGUGUGGUGUGCCUUUAAAGACAAAGAAAUUAGCUCAGACUUCUGUUCUAAAUAUAAAAUUAUGAAAGUAUACACACACUAAAGGCUAAAAAUAUAUUUUAUCAAAAUACUGUGAGAGGCAUAAGAGUAAAAAUGAAGUAUCUGAGUGCAGCUGUUUAUAAUAUUUGCCUCAUUUAAACAUCUAAGGUGAUGGGUAGCAAUUGAUACCUUUUGGUGCUAACCUAUAUGUUCUGGUGCUGAAGUUAUACAUUAUUUUUGUGGAAGAUGAGGUUUACUUCCAAUAUUACCAUAUACACUCCAGUGUUUGUGAGAUCUUUUUUAGCUAAGCAUAUAAUUUUCUAUCACUAGGCCAGAUUUGCUUUCAAAGUUCCUUUUUAUGGUUGUUUCAGGAUCUAAUGAAAGUUUUAUGUGCAUCAGAAAGGAAAAUGUAUUCCUGUUCAAAACCAAAACAAGCAGCACCCUCCCCUCAUCACAGCAGUGAAGUGCCUGUGGAACAAAUUAUGGAGAGAGUAAGAUCUCCGACAGUCAUGACUUCAGAUUGAUGCUGAGCAGGUUUUAGUGAUACCAAGUUCUCUCUUUGGGGUAAUAAAUGACUUCAGAAAACCCAGGCUUGACCUUGCAUACUUCUCCUUGGCAAGCUGUGUGUUCCUCUUCUCUGAGAUCAGUUUGUUUGCUUCUGAAUUCGAGAUGAGUUGGAUUAGUGAAAAUCAUGGGAGGUUUAACAUAACUUUUGCAGGAGUGAGAAAGUUGGACACUAUGAGAGCUUCAUGGACAGCAAAAUUAGACUUCAUAUGCCAUCCCCUACCAACACUGCGAAAUACCAUGGAACUCUGAAAGAGGAAGCCUCUCAGAGCGAAUGUGUUCUAUACCACAGCUGGGACCUAAUGGAAAGAAAUAUAUCUGUAUCUCUAUCCAUAUCUAUGUCUAUAGACAAAUGGAUAGAUAGGUAGAUAUAUCUGUUUAUAUAUGACCUCCAAGGAUCAGGUUGCAAGCAUGGAUGCCCUCUUGUGGUUGAGAAUGCCAAGAUAUUGGUUUGAUUUUAUAGGAACCCAAAAGAUUUUAAGACUUUUUAAAAACAAACAAAUGCAGGCUUAAUUUGUUUCCUUUAAAAAUUUUGGCCUUGAUUUUAAAGACACAUGAAUUAGUCUGUUUGUUUUCUUUGAGAAAUGAGGCCCAUUGUAUAACUCCACCAUUUCUUAGUUUUACAUGAUUUCUAAGUACAGAACUCAACCACAGUUAUAUUUGCUGUUGAUUACCUAUAAUACGAAAUUUUCUAAAUAUCAGAUUAAACAAAGGUAUUGAGAUGCAAGAAGAAUUUUUAGAGGUGUUAAAUCAGAUAUAGUUUUUAAAAAACAGAAUGUGGGAAGCCUCAUUACUCAGAUAUUUAAUUCUAAUGAUCCCUAAUAAAAAAGUUUUAAAGUCCCAAAUUACAACUGGAAUUUGCCCAUUAUUGCUAAGUUUUCAAGACAAAACUGUUAGUUUCCUCUUCUAGAAUGAAAAGAUCUCAUAGAAUCCAAUCAUACAGCAUUUUUAUGGUGCAUUUUGGAACUGUGCAAAACAGAA